CUCUCUCUCCUCUUCUAGUAGAUUGCUUGCAGAGAGCAUUGAGAGAGAGAGAGAAAGGUAGAGCAUUUGGUUGGUGGGUUUUGUAUUGGAAAGCAUGGCCUUUGCUGGAACAACCCAGAAAUGCCGAGCCUGCGAGAAGACAGUCUACCUCGUCGAUCAGCUCACCGCCGAUAACCGCAUUUAUCACAAGGCCUGCUUUCGAUGCCAUCACUGCAAGGGGACCCUCAAGCUCAGCAACUACAAUUCUUUCGAGGGGGUUCUGUACUGCAAGCCACACUUUGAUCAGCUCUUCAAGAGAACAGGCAGCCUGGACAAAAGCUUUGAAGGAACCCCAAAAACCACCAAGGCAGACAAAACUAUCGAUAGCGAGAGCGCUACGCCCAACCGCGUCUCGAAUAUGUUUGCAGGCACAAAAGAGAAAUGCGUGGGAUGUAAGCAGACAGUCUACCCCAUCGAAAAGGUUACAGUGGAUGGAAGUGCAUACCACAAGAGCUGUUUCAAAUGUACCCAUGGGGGGUGUGUAAUCAGCCCAUCCAACUACAUUGCCCAUGAGGGGAGGCUUUACUGCAAGCACCACCACACACAACUCUUCAAAGAGAAAGGAAACUACAGCCAGCUCGAGAAUGAUCAUGAGAAGGUGGCAGUGUCUGCUGAGACAGUAACUGCCACAAAAGCUGCUGUUGAGUUGUAAGUCAUGUGGAACAGAUGCUUUUCAGUCAUCUACUUCACUGCAGUUGCAGGUUUUUCCUAUAGUCUCGUGUGGUUGAAGUGUUGGAGAUGCUGCCAUCAGAUUCAGUGGGUCUGUGUUUUUUUCUUCUGUUGGGCUUUUUUUUUUUUUUUUUGGUUUUUGUGAGAUUAUGAGAUAUGAACCGUUCGUUUGUGUGACCAACUUCUGUAUGGAACAACUCUUGUUGGGUAUCUAUUGAGAUUUUGAAUAAAGUUGGGGUGGCCCGCUGGAGUUGCUUCUUUUUGGGUCCCUAUUGAUAUUGUGAUGUUCAA